UAUCAGAAACUUAUCAGUCCAACCCACCAACACCUCGAGCGCCGUAGAUUCGACUCUGCAAAUUUUUCGUCCGCCAGAAUGGAGUUCCUCCGUUCUGCAACUGGAAUGGCGACGUCUUCGCUUCUACCUCCCCUCUGUCCCAACGCCUACAGGACGAGCCUGCCAUUUCCGAUGGCCUCCACGCUCUCUGUUGCUCGUCUCCGGCGGCGGACAUUCAGGGGCAGGGUUGUCGCGGGUCCAAUUAGAGUCGUUGCUAGUUCCAGCGUGACGACUAGGGAUCAAGGUGGUGGAAGAACGGCCGACUUCGGGAGGUCGGAAACCUCGGCGGAUUCCUUGAGAGGCGUGCAUGAGUUUGAGAGAGAGUUGCAAGAGUUAUUCGAUGAAGUGAAAGAUAUGAUUGCCGUAGGGAAGCAUGAAGAUGCCGUAAGCCUACUUCAAGCGAAUUUCGAAGCUGUAAAGGGAGAGAUAGAUUCAGGUUCUAGAAGCAUAGAAGAAGCUGCUGUUCUGGACGUUGUAGCCUUGGGGUACAUGCGCAUUGGAGACUUCAAAAUGGUUGAGACCAUACUGGAGAUGAUGGAUGAAGUUGUUGGCCGUAUAUAUGCCGAUGGAAGUCUUCUUGGAUCGGUACUUAUGCAUAUGGGGAGUAUGUAUUCAAGCUUGGGGAAGUUUGAGAAAUCAACAGUCAUGUACAGAAGGUCUAUCAGCAUUACUGAACAGCUAUAUGGUGAAACUAGUACUUUUCUUGUCAUGCCAUUACUGGGAAUGGCAAAGGCUCUGGGCUCUAUCCAAAGAACAGCUAAAGCUACAGGGAUAUACUGUCGUGCAAUUAACAUUCUAGAACUGAGUAGAGGCCCUGAAAGCGAAGAUUUGGUAGUUCCCUUAUCUGGUCUUGGCAAUCUUCUGAUAAUGGAAGGGAAGGUUGACGAGGCAGAGAGCCCUUUUGUUAGAAUUCUAAGCAUAUAUAAAACCUUAUAUGGAGACAAAGAUGGAAGAGUUGGAAUGGCAUUAUCUUCCCUAGCCCAUGUGAAGUGUGCAAAAGGAGAUGUUAAUGAAGCUAUUAACUUAUACAAAAAAGCCCUUCAGAUCAUCAAGGAUUCAAAUUCUAUGGCUUUGGAUGAUCCCAUGAUGGAGAAGAUGAGAAUAGACCUGGCCGAAUUACUUCAUGUUACCGGAAGGGGUAAUGAAGGGAGACAGCUGUUGGAGGAGUGCUUGUUAAUUUCUGAGAAAUCUAAAGGAAAGGAUCAUCCGGAUUCUGUUAGACACCUUCUAAAUCUUGCAACCUCCUAUUCUCGCUCAAAAAACUUUGUGGAGGCAGAGCGCUUGCUACGAACUGGUUUAGAUAAAAUGAUGCGGACCUUGAGGCCUGAUGAUCCCUCCAUUAGCUUUCCCAUGCUUCAUCUUGCAGUGACUCUAUACUGUUUGAAAAGGGAUGAAGAAGCUGAGGAACUUGCCAAGGAUGCUUUGCUGAUUCGCGAGGAAGCAUUUGGAGAAGAUUCUUUACCAGUUGGGGAGGCUCUUGACUGUUUAAUUUCGAUUCAGACUCGCAUGGGAAAGGAUGAUGACAAGUUAUUGGCACUUCUCCAGAGAGUUCUAAAAAUCCAAGAGAAAGAGAUAGGUUGUGAGAGUGAAGAAGUCACAGUAACCCUGAAAAAGAUUGUGUUCUAUAUGGAAAAAUUAGGAAAAAAGGAUGAAAAAGUUCAGCUGCAGAAAAGAUUGUCUGUACUCAAGAUGAAAUACAAGCAAAUGAUACAUUAUUAGUUUCUUGGGACAUCUGCAUCCAUCUCCUUCUGGGUGAUUUGGUAUGCACAAGUAGCCCAAAAGAUUGGCCUCUUAUUGGUUGAAAAUCAAGAGAAUACCUCUACAUGAUCCUGACGUCGUGUAUCAGGAACUCGUGGUUUAGCUAGAUGCCCUUAUCCUGCCUUGUCACAUAGGAAUUUUCAAGCCUUAGUUGUUGAGCUUAAACCUACCUACUCAAGCAACUUGUUGGAAGACUCAUUCAAUUACCAACGGCUGUGACUGGGAUGCGCAUUAUGAGGAUGGCAGUGUUGUUACACAGACAGGAGCCAAUUCAUCCAACCAUUGGUCAUUGAGAGAACCUCUUGUUCUCAUUCCUUGACAUAAACGGGCUGAAGUAGAUACUUGUGCAACCAGACUCAGGGAACCAGAAGGAAUCACGUGGUCACAGCUACAAGGCAUGGAGGCUAAAUGUCAUUUUCUCUGUCCUACAUAGGACUGCCAUGUGGAGCCAGUAUCAACUGCAUUGGUAAGUGGUUAUAAUCUCCACUCUAUUUGGUCAAAGGAUGGUGUUGUGCUCUUUCCAAGUUGCUGUCCGUGGACCGUGCCAAUGUAUAGAAAAGCCUGACUGUCCUGGAUGAUAGUCUGCAGCUGACACUGAAAGGAAAAGAGUGGGAGAGAGUUCCAUUGCUCGGACAAAGGUCGUCCUUCCUCCUUAUUGAUGCCAUUCAAAACGUUUUGCCUCCUGUGAAGAAGCCGCAUUCUGCUGAACUCCGAUGCAAUUAGGGGGAGCCAGGAGGAAUGACUUAUUUAAGUGUGGUUAAUAUGAGUUGUGAGUUGGAAUACCGAGGAUCUUCUGACUUUUGCUCGUCAUAUCAGAUACUCUCUACCGGGAGAAUCUCUUGUUCGUUUUAAAUUCUUAUCGAUGAUUGGUUGCCUCCUUUCUGUGUCCUUUUUUCCUCCCCGAAAAUACUGCUUGGAGGAUGUGCCCGGUGCCCAGAGGUGCAAUAUUUGGACACGGACUUGAAAUUCUGCCCGCCGAUUCUCCUCUCCAAGGUUAUA